AUGUACCUCAUACCGACGGAGUUUGCCAAAGCAUUUCAGGCCAUCAAGCAGACUUCAUUGUCUCAUUCGACGUGCAAAGUGGUGAUAUUUGCCUCAUGUUUGAGCAUAGACGCGAUAUGUGCGUCCAGAAUGCUGUCGAUAUUGUUCAAGAAGAAUUUGAUAGCGUAUCAGCUGAUUCCCGUGGUUGGAUAUGCUGACCUGAAGAAGAAGUUUAGUGCUCUGGAUGCAGAUGUCUCCAAUGUGAUUUUCCUUGGUUGCGGUGGAAUGAUAGACGUUGAGAGUUAUCUGGAGAUUGAUCCUCAACAGUUGGUUGAUGCUGAAAGUGUUGUCUACGACGAAAACGGCCAAACUAGCUUUCGGUUCACACGUCAAGUCUACAUCAUUGAUGGCCAUCGGCCGUGGAAUUUGGACAACCUGUUUGGUUCCAAGAUAAUUACGUGUUUUGAUGAUGGAGGGGUUGACACGAACUUGGAGAAUGAAAGGGCCGCGUAUGACGUUUUGGUAUCUAUAGGUAGCGAUGAUGAAGGUGAGGAUGAAGAAGGUGAGGAAAGUGAAGAUGGCGGGGACGAGGAAGAAGACGCCAAUUCUGACACCGAUGACGACGAUGAACUCGAUGGAAGUCAGGAGUCACGAAAAAGACGCAAAUCUGGCAACGGAAAGAUUUCCAAGAAGAGGAUGGUCACCUCCAACGAGAAGGUGAUUGACGCAUACUACAACCAGGGCACCACUAUAACGACACCAGUGACCCUCCAGGUGUACUCCAUGCUAUCCACUAUUGGAGAGACCAGCUUGGAGUAUCUGUGGUUCACUAUCAUUGGGACUACGUCGUUAAACUCCCAGUAUAGUGCACUGUAUGACCGGUGUCUUCCACUGCUGAAAGAUGAAGUCAAGAGAUUGGAAAACAACUCAUCCGCUUCAACAGGAUUUGUAAGUGGAUCAAAGAAGAGCGCUGACUCUACGAAUGUGACCAUUGAUAAGGAUUACUCGCUCUUUCUGCUGCGACACUGGAACCUCUACAAUUCGUUCUUCUACUCAUCAUACGUGAAUUCCAAGCUUCAGCUCUACACGGCCGAGGGAAAGAAAAAACUAAACACUUUGUUUGCGCGGAUGGGCAUUUCGUUGACUUCGGCUUACCAGAAUUGGUACUAUGUGGAUGUCGAUCUAAAACGCAAACUUCCUGACAUGCUUGCUCAGCAUCUGCAAAAAUACGAUUACGUGAUCCGAGAUGGGUUUCUGAGAAAUUACGGGUACCAUGGGUCGGUAAGUGCAUCAGAAUUCGUAGAAUCUGUGACAGCAUUACUGGAAUACGAUGCCGGAGAGGAAGAGGAAGAGAUGGAAAAGAGGCGGCGCGGCGGUACUUCCAAUGGUGCAACUGAAGAACCCGAUAAAGAUAUUGACCAGUUGAUUGCCAGGCGGGAAUCUCAGUAUGUGGUGAAUUUCUGGAAGUCUUUUGAUGCCCUGGCCGACUUUAAGGCCAUCCAACGUGGACUGCAGAUCGCCAAAUGGCAGCAGAAGUUUGUUUUUGACAAAGGCCUGGAAAUCUUCCAAAAGAAGAUGAUCAAGGAUCUUCGCGUGUUUCGUUUAGUGGUUCUAAAGGGCGAUUUUGCUUCGGGUGCGUCUAUCAGUGACACGGCCAAAGACGGAAAGGGCCAUGACCAAAUUGAUGCAGCUAUCGAGAUCCGCACCAUGGGUGCCUCAAAGGUGUUCCGUAAUCCCUUGAUGCUUACAAAACUGGGAAAUUGGAUAUUGGACUCCUGCAUGGAAAUAGACGCUUCUGCACUUCCCUUGAUCAUUGCUUCGCUGGAUACAGAGACUGAUACCUAUCUGGUGUGUGGGUUGCCUCCCAAGCACCGUACGUCUGCUGAAGAGGCUGACAAUAUCGCCAUGCUGAACACAUUUUCUUUGGCGUUCCAGGAAGUUGCAAAUACCACCAGCACCAAGGCAAGAAUUGAUAGUUUUGAGAGCUCGAUCAUCGAGAUUGCGAAAGAGGAUCUUCAGUCGUUUCUAGAGCGAUUAACACUUAGCGGGUUAGUCUGA